CUUCUUGGCGGGGACUUUUGUAAAUAUCAACAGUAAGAUGGAGGAGUCCGAGAAGAGCAGUGAAUCCGUUUCAGCGAAUAAUAAUGCGGAUAAAGCUGGUGAAGUUUCAUCACAAGCAUCGACUCGUCGCAAUGAUUCGGUUAAAUCAUCUCAGACUAAACCGAGACUCAAACUCUUUAAUAAGGUGAUGGAGAAGAGUCUGCAGUGGAUGUUGGACAACGCCAGUUUCGACAGGUUUUCUCACUAUUUCCAGCCACUGUCAAAACAAAACCCUCAACUGACUGAAGCCAUGCACAAACAGUUCAUCAGCCAACUGCAGACUUUAGUACAGAAGGAAAUUGCGACUGUGAUUGAGGAGGGCGAUCUGCAGGUGAGGCUUGAAGAGUUGGACAAACUGCAGGAGCUCGCUAAAGACACGCCACAAGCUGCGUGGCGUCCGACUGGUGUUCCAGAGCAGGAUGUGUGCAGUGAUCUAGUGUCCUAUUAUAAGAAGCAGGAGGAGUACAUGCGGAUCCAGCUGAAGAAGCUCCAGAAGGAGAACGCUGGUCUUGCUCAGAAGGUGCAGACCGGCCGAGAGAACAUCACACACACGGAGCAGCGCGUCGCCUCAGGAGUGGAAGAAUGGAGGGCCUCUCUUGAAGAUCUGGAAGCAUUUGUUUUGACUCUUUCCCCGUCUGAAAACUUCGAGUCUCUCUAACAUCCAUCCAUAGUCUAAAUAUCUUCUUUUUUUAAGUGAAGCUUGAAUAUGAUCUUAUUUUGCAUGUUUAUUGUGUGUUAUAAUAUGUCAUUAGUAUGUGCGCUCUGUUCAUUAAACAUUCCUUGCACUUUUUAA